AACUCCAGGUCGGCCCCGGCCGAGGGGCGGGUGAGAGGGAAGUGGGCGGGAGCGCGGGUACAGUCGCUGGAGUGGCCGGCGGCCGCGGGGCGCAGGGCCUGGUGGGAGCCCCCGCGGGCCCGGCCGGGAUGAGCUAUGGCAUCGGUCAAGGUGGCCGUGAGAGUCCGGCCCAUGAAUCGCAGGGAAAAGGACCUGGAGGCGAAGUUUAUCAUUCAAAUGGAGAAAAGCAAAACGACCAUCACAAACUUAAAGAUACCAGAAGGAGGAAGUGGGGAUUCGGGCCGAGAACGGACCAAGACCUUCACCUAUGACUUCUCUUUCUACUCUGCUGACACAAAGAGUCCAGAUUAUGUUUCACAAGAAAUGGUUUUCAAAACUCUGGGCACAGAUGUUGUGAAAUCUGCAUUUGAAGGUUAUAAUGCUUGUGUCUUUGCAUAUGGGCAAACUGGAUCCGGAAAGUCCUACACUAUGAUGGGAAAUUCUGGCGAUUCUGGCUUAAUACCUCGGAUCUGUGAAGCGCUCUUCAGUCGAAUAAAUGAAACCACCAGAUGGGAUGAAGCCUCCUUCAGGACAGAAGUCAGCUACUUAGAAAUUUAUAACGAACGUGUGAGAGACCUGCUUAGGCGGAAGUCAUCUAAAACCUUCAACUUAAGAGUACGUGAGCAUCCCAAAGAAGGACCUUAUGUUGAAGAUUUAUCCAAGCAUCUGGUCCAGAACUACAGUGAUGUGGAAGAACUCAUGGACGCAGGGAAUAUCAAUCGCACCACUGCAGCCACCGGGAUGAACGAUGUCAGUAGCAGGUCUCAUGCCAUCUUCACCAUCAAGUUCACUCAGGCAAAAUUCGACGCUGAAAUGCCAUGUGAAACCGUGAGCAAGAUCCACCUUGUCGAUCUUGCCGGAAGUGAGCGUGCAGAUGCCACCGGUGCCACUGGGGUCAGACUCAAGGAAGGGGGCAAUAUAAACAAGUCCCUUGUGACUCUGGGAAAUGUCAUUUCUGCCUUAGCUGAUUUAUCUCAGGAUGCAGCCAAUCCUCUUGUGAAGAAGAGACAAGUUUUUGUGCCUUACCGGGAUUCAGUUUUGACUUGGCUGUUGAAAGAUAGCCUUGGAGGGAACUCUAAAACCAUCAUGAUUGCUACCAUUUCACCUGCUGAUGUCAAUUAUGGAGAAACCCUAAGUACCCUUCGCUAUGCAAAUAGAGCCAAAAACAUCAUCAACAAGCCUACCAUUAAUGAGGAUGCCAACGUCAAACUCAUCCGCGAGCUGCGAGCUGAAAUAGCCAGGCUGAAAACCCUGCUCGCUCAAGGGAAUCAGAUUGCUCUCCUGGACUCCCCUACAGCUUUAAGUAUGGAGGAGAAGCUGCACCAGAAUGAAGCAAGAGUCCAAGAACUGACUAAGGAAUGGACAAACAAGUGGAAUGAAACCCAGAAUAUUUUGAAAGAGCAAACCUUAGCCCUCAGGAAAGAGGGGAUUGGUGUGGUUCUGGACAGCGAGCUGCCUCACUUGAUUGGCAUUGAUGAUGACCUUCUGAGUACCGGCAUCAUCCUGUAUCACUUGAAGGAAGGUCAGACUUACGUUGGCAGAGAAGAUGCUGCAACAGAGCAAGAUAUUGUCCUUCAUGGCCUUGACCUGGAGAGUGAGCACUGUGUCUUUGAGAAUGCCGGGGGAACAGUGACUCUGAUACCCCUGAGCGGGUCCCAGUGCUCUGUGAAUGGUGUCCAGAUUGGGGAUGCCACACAGCUAAAUCAAGGUGCUGUGAUACUCUUGGGAAGAACCAACAUGUUCCGCUUCAACCAUCCCAAGGAAGCCGCCAAGCUCAGGGAGAAGAGGAAGAGUGGCCUCCUGUCCUCCUUCAGCUUGUCAAUGACCGACCUCUCAAAGUCCUGUGAGAACCUGUCUGCAGUCAUGUUGUAUAACCCUGGUCUUUUCCCUAUAAAAGGACCCAUCUGUCUAAGACUUGAAUUUGAGAGACAGCAGCGUGAAGAACUUGAAAAGCUAGAAAGUAAAAGGAAACUCAUCGAGGAGAUGGAGGAAAAGCAGAAGUCGGACAAAGCAGAGCUGGAGCGAAUGCAGCAGGAGGUGGAGACCAGGCGGAAGGAGACAGAGCUGGUGCAGCGGCAGAUCCUCAAGCAGGAGGAAAGCCUCAAACGCCGGAGCUUCCACAUUGAAAACAAGCUCAAGGACCUGCUGGCUGAGAAGGAAAGGUUUGAGGAAGCGCGGCUCCGGGAGCAACAGGGACUUGAGCAGCAGAGGAGGCAGGAGGAAGAGAGCUUCUCCCGCAUCCGGGAGGAGCUUCGCAGGCUCCAAGAGCUCAACAGCCAUGAGCAGGCCGAGAAGGUUCAGAUAUUUCAGGAACUGGACCGGCUGCACCGAGAGCAAGAUGCCCAGAGUGCCAAGCUGCAGCUGGAGAAAAGGCGGCUGGAGGAGCAAGAGAAGGAGCAGGUGCUUCGGGUGGCACACCUGGAGGAGCAGCUGCGGGAGCGGCAGGACACUGUGCCGCUGCUGUGUCCUGGGGAGGUCCAGCGGGCCCAGGAGGAAAAGAGGGAACUAGAAGGCAUCCGAGAAGCCCUGCUGCAGGCCAAAAGGUCUGGAGCAGAGAGGGGCCUUACCUGCGGGGACGAACUGGACCGGGCUCAGCUGUGCUUCUUAGAGUUCAAGAGACGGCAGCUUGUGAAGCUGGCAGACCUGGAAAAGGACCUAGUCCAGCAGAGAGACCUCCUAAGCACAGAAGUCCAGGAAGAGAAAGGAGCCCUGGAGCACAUGUACCGUGAGACCUGCGAGGAACCUGGCUUGUUGGCAACAGAUGAAGGCAGCUUUCUCUGUGGGCCUCCAGAUCUAGACAGAGUAAAGGCUGCGGAGUCCAGGGUGCAGAGCAAAGAGCACCAGCUCCGGCAGCUUCUGCAGAGUCAUUUGCCAGCUCUGCUGCAGGAGAAGCAGAGCGCUCUUGACAUCCUUGACAGGGGCACUCUGGGCUUAGACAACACUCUCUACCAAGUAGAGAAAGAAAUGGCAGAAAAAGAAGAGCAGAUCUUCCAGUACCAGGCUAGUGCUAGCCAGCUGCAGCAGCUCCGGGCUAGCUUGGAGUUCACAGCUAAUGUGGCCAGACAGGAAGAGAAGGUGAGAAAAAAGGAAAAGGAGAUUCUGGAGUCCCGGGAGAAGCAGCAGAGAGAGGCAAUGGAGCAGGCCGUGGCCAAGCUGGAGCAGAGGCACUCUGCCCUGCAGAGGCGCGCCGCCCUGGACCUGGACAUCGAGGAGCAGCGGCAGAAACUUGAGGAGUGCUCAGGGCUCAGCGGGUGCCCAGGGCUGCUGGCCAGUCUGGAGGCCAAUCCAGAGACACUGGAGGAGGACCCUGCAAGAAUCAGUGCUUACAUUGAGGAAGAAGUCCAAAGACGCCUUCAUGAUUUGCACCGGGCAAUUGGUGACACCAGCCAUGCAUCUGCUGAUGUGAUGAAGAGUAACGAGGAACUUCACAAUGGCACCACUCAACGGAAGCUGAAGUAUGAGAAAAGGCAGCCUUGCUCUGCACGGUGUGUUAUUCCACCUCUGCCCAAAGAUGCCACUGAUUCUUCCAGUGUCCUUCGAGAAGAGACUGAGGUGUGUCUGAGCAGCCACUGGAGCCAUCCCACGUCACAGAGUACCUCACUGCCCACAGCUCCCUCCAUGGCCCCCCAAGAGAAAAUGAUUGGGUCCUCAGGGCCUGAGGUGCUGAAGAAUAUUGGUGACAGCUCUGGCCACCUUGAACCACCGCCUGCAAUCACUUUCCUUAACAGAAGGAACACUAGAGGUGGCCAGACCUCUCAGGGCCAAUCAGAAAAUGGCAGUGGGCUGAUAACUCAGGAAGAGAAACAAAGCUGGGGAAUCGAGUCCAGCUGGACAUUGCUGCAACACAUGUCCCAGCAAGUGCCAGUAAACAGAGGAAACCAGCAAGCGAUGCAAAGCAGGGUGCUGUGCUUUGUUCUCUCUGAAAGCAUUUCUCAAAAGGAGCAUCCCACUGGCAGCUCUCCUCAGAGCACAUCAGCUUCCACAUUGUGUGGUGAGCAACAAAAUGAGAAAGAGUCAGAUGCUGAAAACACUAGCUUUCUAGCUCCGCUAGUCGGUAUCAGGUCAGAAGCAAAGAAGCGACUGGGAUAUUUUUACCACAAAUUCUCAGACCUGUAUAAAGACACCAGUGACCACCUGAUCCAGGCUGGGACAAAAGUAAUGAACCAAGCCAAGCAAGCUGGGAAUGUGUGUGACCCAGGCAGGCUGGCCUCCCAUGCGACAACCUUCAUUAGAGCUCUGCCAUUAUUGGAGCACCUGCCCUUGAGGUCACUCAUGGCCUUGUCAGGUCCUCCUCUUCUUCCUGAGACUCAGAUUGGUAGCUUUAACAGUGAAGACAGAGGGAGCCCAAGGCCAUCCAAGAGCACAGCACCGUACACAGAGUUGGCCUUCACAUCCACAGGCUCACCAAAUUCCUGGCCAAAUUCAGUUUUCUGUCUUGAUUAUGAAGAUCCCCGGAAGAUCACUGCAUUUAAGCAGACCCUUGUAUCAUUCCCAGAGCAAAUGUUGAGGCUUCAAGAAUACCCUCUUGCGAACCUCCUUGAGCAUGUGAUGUGUUCCCUGCCGGAGCCUGUGGACAUAGUGAAGGCAGUCAAAGGCAUUUAUUGGCUUGCAGUUGCUAACUGUGCCCAACCUGACCCGCAGGCUGCAUGCUUGUUCCUGCUGCCUUCAGCCCUGUAUGCUCUGGUCUUGCUGGAUAAGUGCCCAGGCGCCAUGAGCAUCUUCCAUGUUCUCCCUCUCUCCGCACUGCAGGAGAUUCAGGUCGGCUUUGGUGGGCAGAGCAUUCGAUUACUGGGCUCCACCCAGGACCACCUGCUUACUGUGCUCACUUACAACAAAAGCCUCUCUCAACAGCUCUGCCAGGACCUCCUGGGUAUGCUCAUGGCUGGGCCUGAAGCUGCCACCUACACAAGUCACCCUUUGCUCCAGGAGGAUCUGGUUCAGCUCUCUCUUGAUUUGAAAGCAGAAAUCCCUGUUUUAGCUUUGGCAAAUGGUAUUCACUUGUCAUCCAGUUUCCAGACAACCUUGGUGGAUGUGGUUUACUUUCUUCAUGGCAAUAUGGAGGCUAGUGUCCCUUCUCUGGCUGAAGUUCAGUUACUGCUCUACACCACAGUCAGACUGGAGAGUGAAGCCGCUGGUGCUCCCUGCCAGUCCUUCGUCCUUCUCAACACGCAUAUGGCACUCUUGAGGGAGGAUCACGUGUUUUACCCCUACACUGGUUCUCUAAACACACUUCCUCCCCGUGGGCGAUUUGAUGUGCUCACGUGCCAAGCUCUCAGUGAAUUCAGAUGUGUCAUUGUUCCAGAGAAGGACAAUGUAUCAACAGUAGAGCUGGUCUUCUUAAGGAAGCAUGGGCUUCCCUUGAACACAGGAAGUGGUCUAUCUGAGCAGUGUCAGGUUGCCUCAAGCGCCCAGAUGCUCACCCCACUGUGUCCUCAGGAUGGGCAGAAUCGAGCACUUGAUGUCUGGAAACUCACUUUCAAUUCCCAGGAUGAGGCUCGUUGGCUAAUCUCCUACUUGACAAGACUCUAGGGAAGAGACUUGAAGAUGCAGGGCACAUUCUUUUAGGCCUUUAAUGAAAUGAAAAUAGUCAAGAAAAUAUGAAUAUCUCACUGUAGUUAAUCAAAUGGGAAUGAAGCAGGACGCUAAAACUGAAAGUGUAAAUAUUUUGAAUAAAGCAAAGUGAAAAUAGCUGAUAGCAGAGAACUGGAAAAAUAUCUGUAUUGCCACCUGCUUCAUUGUCUUGAAACUCCAAUUGUAAAUUUGGAUCUACCCAAUUAUCAGUAAAGUGAUGAAAGCAUUCUGACUGCUUGGCUUAGUGUCUGUUUAUGGUGUGGUGGCUUGGAAUCUGGUGGUGCCUGCUGGCAUCCGGUGGACUAAUUUGUGCUGACUGGAAAGGUGCCCAAUCUGGCAGUGACCUUCAUCGACACUCCAUGCCAGCCAAGAGUAGCACAGCUGUGCAGCAGAGCACAUCGCUGCUUCCUAUAACUUCCCCAACCCAUCUCCCACAAGUGCCUUUUACCACAGUCUUCUUCUUUCACUGAACUUUUGUAUUUUUAUCCUGGAAGGGCUCUUUGUCUUGUUGUGACAUUUUUAUGGCGUAUCUCUGCUGUCCUGUCAAAUAUAUGGUUGCCUUGGGUGACAUUCAGCACACUGCUCUGUCUUCCAUCCUUUCUGCCCCCUGACUAGCCAUGACUCAGGUCCUCUAAGCCUGAGGUGAGUUGGCAACCGUCCACCCUUGCUUCACUCUUCAUUUACUUCCAUGUGCCAAUCCUAUGAGCAGUCAGAAAACACAUUUUAAGUUAAUGUAUGCCAUCCAGUUACUCUGCCAUUGCUCUCCUUUCUCUUGGAUGCACGUCCACUAAAUUCCAAAGUCUCAGA